UUAAGGACCAGUACUUAGUACGAUGACAUUGUGUACAUAGAUAAGAGAGUCUCCGAAUUCAUUCGUGUCUUGUUUCGUUCAGUCAAACAACUGGCUAUCAUAUACAGUGCAGAAUUAGUUAAUUAACGGUGCCACUUUCCAGUACUGUUUCGAAGACGUUAAAAGUUCUAUUUUCAUCGUUUCUAUGCAAUGUGUGUAGACUCUACAAAAAUAAUAUGGUAGCCAAAACCAGCGAAACAACUGUAAUGACAACGACGAAGGAGACGUUCCUUGAUGACGAGAAGAAACUCCGAAAUAAUACAGUGUUCAAUGGAGAUGAGGAAAAAGAUGAGGAUGAACUUACAUUGGAAGAUUUGGCUCCCGAUGGUGGCUGGGGCUGGAUGGUUGUAUUGGCUAUGAUAUUAAUAUUCGUUACAACAUUUGGACCAUCUUCGUCGUUAGCAAUUAUAUAUGAGGACCUUCUCGAAGCGACAGGUCAAGCUGGUACUGCCAUGACCGUAUUUAAUUCCGUUUUCAUGAUUACGUUCUCCAUUGCUGGUUUAAUGACGAACACGUUGCUGAAAAGGUUCGCGAUGAGGCCGGUAGGUAUUUUCGGCGCUGUGCUUUUCUCAAUAUCGAACAUCGCUAUGGCUUUCGUCACCAACUUCUACGAAAUGGCAUUUCUGAAUUUACUUCAAGGGGUUGGCAUCGGUUUGAUCGUCACGAUCUGUAACACGAAUUUCAACGCUUACUUCGUGAAGAAACGAGCACCAGUAAUGAGUGCGGCCCAAGUUAUCAUUGGUUUGGGUGGGAUUGUUUAUCCCAUAGUCAUCGAGAGAUUAAUGAAUGUAUACGGAUUUCGUGGCACUGCGUUAAUAACGGGCGCCAUGAGCUCAAACUGCAUCGUUGGAAUGACUAUGAUGCAUCCAGUCGAGUGGCAUACUAGGAAGCCGGAAGAAGUUCGAGCGGAAAUGGCGCGCGAAAGAGAACAACGAAAAUUCUGUGGAGUAACAUCGGCUACUCGUCGAUCCAUAGAUAUUGCCCAUUUCCAAAUUCCGACGAAAACAAGAUGGAGUAGCUUGACGAGCCUUAAAGGUGACGGCGAAAAACAAAUACCGCUACUAAUUGAAACGUUAAAAGGGCCUGCGAAAAGGGUAGCCUCGAUUUCAGUCCUUGAGGAUAAGAUUCAGAAUCGCAUAAAAUCAGGAUCGAUGCGAGAACUUUUAACACGACGAGUAUCAGCUCUUUCGUCUACCAGCGUGACGAAUUUAGUGACGAGUAUUGGAGUGUUUGGUGAGCGGAAUCAUUUCGAGAAAAAUAAGGAGAAAAGGCAUGAAAAGGGAGUCCAAGUAUCCAUGAAUAAUGAAAAUAAUGAGAAAGGUCCUUUAAAAGAAAUUCUGGACGAUCUUCUGGAAAUGUCAUUAUUAAAGAACUGCUGUUUCUUAAACAUGUGCCUGGGCAUUAGUUUCGUGCUGUCCAGCGAUUUCACAUUUUCUUGCCUGCUACCGCUGAUGAUGACGAACGCGGGUUACACUAAAAGCGAGGCAGCUCUCGCAAUUACCAUCAGCGCCUCAGCAGAAUUGCCGUCUAAGAUAUUGCUUGCAAUUUUCACUCUGAUGGUGGAUGUGAAAUCAAAAUAUAUAUUCUUCAUUGCUAUGAUUGCCAUGGCGUUUGCAAAAGCUGGUUACUUGUUUUAUAGCCACACUUUAACCGGUACAUACAUCAUGAUAGCAGUGAUAGGAGUAGUUAGAUCAUGGUUGUUAGUUCCUCAAGCACUGGUCAUCAUAGAAGACAUCAGUAUUGAAAAAUUCGCGUCUGCGUAUGGAAUUUACGGUGCCAUUAGCGGCAUUAUAUCUAUCCUGUUCGGUCCAAUCGUCGGGUUGAUGAAGGACUGGACCAACAGUUUCGUGGUCUGUCAGCUUGCACUUAUAGCAAUGAACGUCCUGUUCGUUAUUCCAUGGGCAAUACAGUUCCUUUCAGUGGAUUUACCCAAGAGGAGAAAGGAACGGGCGGAUAAAAUGGCUAUCGAAACUUCCGGUUUCUCUCGGAAUUGACGCAAACCGAAAAAAACAGGGUCGGAUGAGAAAAUGUUGUACAAAAUGCAAAGCAUUCCUUUAACGCGUAAUAAAAUGUUUAUGCAAAAGUCUAAUUAAAUACCUCCUUGCCGAAACGAGAUUUUAGAAUGCGAAUGCAUUCUUUUGUCAGUAAUUUUACAGAUUUGCUUAGUAACAGUUUUAUGGAAGAACAUUAUUUAGAAAACUUCAUCUGAUAUUAAAGCUCAUGACUUGUUAAUUUAUAUUAAUUCAGCGUCAGCGAUAUAGUGUAAUCGACUGUAAGCGUAUAAUUAGCCUCACUUACAGAAUAAAGUUUGAAAAGGAAAUUCGGUAUCGACAGUAUUCGGUAUUGUCUGCCAAUAAUGACAACAAAGGAAAUCGUGAACGAAUAGAUAAUUUGUAAAAUUAUAUCUUCUAUAAAAUUUACCCGAUACUAUGUAGUAAGUCAUAUAAUAUAUUAAUUUAUCUCUCAUUAUUUAUAAUUCAUUCUUGACUAAAUUAAAUUAAAUAAAGAUUUAUGUUUUCUAUAUGAGUCCUAACACGAUACAUCAGUAUAAGCGAAAUAAAAUUAUUAUUGAAUAACAACUGUUUUUUACUAUAGACUAUUGUUGGACGUUUGUAUACGUCAUGAAUUAUAUAUUAUAACAUCAAUUUAU